ACCGCGGCCGCUUUCCCCCUCCCAAGAUGGCGGAUAACCUGCCCUCGGAGUUUGAUGUGGUGGUCAUAGGAACCGGUUUGCCUGAAUCUAUUAUUGCAGCUGCAUGUUCAAGAAGUGGCCAGCGGGUUCUGCAUGUGGAUUCGAGAAAUUACUAUGGAGGAAAUUGGGCAAGUUUCAGUUUCUCAGGAUUAUUGUCCUGGAUAAAAGAAAACCAGGAAAAGGCUGGCGUGAGUGAGGAAAGCCCAGCCUGGAAAGAGCUGAUCCUUGAGAACGAAGAAGGCCUUCCCCUUAACAAGGUGGACCAAACCAUUCAGCACGUCGAAGAUUUCUGCUAUGCCAGUCAGGAUUCCGCUGAAGAUGUGGAAGAAGCUGGUGCCCUGUCCAAAUUCUCCGCCUCAGUUCCCUCUGCUUCUGGUGAGGUUGUAGAGGAAGUCUUCACCACCCCGGAGGCUGAGAGUGAGUGUUUUCCAUCAGAGGAUCAGUCAACGGAGUCCAAAGGUGAAGAAACUUGCCCCCAAAGUGUUGCAGGAAACAAUCCAGAGCGUACAACUGAAACGGAUGGUGUAGAAGUUACCUCCGUGGAGGAAAAACUCUGUAACGAUGCAACAUCCAAUCAAUCGGAAGUAGAAAAUAUCGAAUCUGCAUCAAUAACAGAAGCCGCAGUUGAACCGGGGAAAAUUACUUAUUCCCAAAUUGUUAAAGACGGGAGGCGCUUUAAUAUUGAUUUAAUUUCUAAGCUACUGUACUCCCGAGGAUUGUUGAUUGACCUCCUAAUUAAGUCUAACGUUAGUCGAUACGCCGAGUUCAAAAAUGUCACCCGGAUCCUUGCAUUUCGGGAGGGGAGAGUGGAACAGGUACCUUGUUCCAGAGCUGAUGUCUUCAACAGCAAACAGUUGACUAUGGUGGAAAAGAGAAUGCUGAUGAGAUUUCUGACAUUUUGCCUGGACUUCGAACAGCACCCUGAUGAAUAUCAAGCUCUGAAGGAUUGUAAAUUUUCAGACUACCUAAAAACCCAGAAGCUAACUCCCAACCUGCAACAUUUCAUCUUGCAUUCCAUUGCGAUGGUCUCAGAGGCUGACUGCUGCACUGUAGGUGGCCUGAUGGCGACUCAAAAGUUCCUGCAGUGUCUUGGCCGUUACGGCAACACUCCAUUCUUAUUUCCUUUGUACGGCCAAGGGGAGAUCCCGCAGUGCUUUUGCCGGAUGUGUGCUGUCUUUGGUGGCAUCUAUUGUCUCCGCCACUCCGUACAGUGCCUUGUAGUGGACAAAGAAACUAAAAGGUGUAAAGCAAUCAUAGACCAUUUUGGCCAGAGAAUAAAUGCAAGCUAUUUCGUUGUGGAAGACAGUUACCUUUCAGAGAAAAUAUGUACAAAUGUGUCUUACAGGCAGAUUUCCAGAGCAAUUCUCAUUACUGAUCGUUCAAUAUUGAAGUCCGGCUCAGACCAGCAGAUUUCCAUUUUGACUGUUCCACCUAUGGAGUUAGGUCAGCCAGCUGCUUGCCUUGUGGAACUCUGUUCUUCAGCCAUGACAUGCAUGAAAAAUACACAUUUGGUUCAUUUAACUUGUUCUUCUAUUAAAACUGCUAAAGAAGACCUGGAGCCUGUUGUGAGGCAGUUAUUCAGUGAAGUGACAGAAACAGAAAGCGAAGGUGCAGGAGAAGGCCAAAAGCCUCAGAUUCUCUGGUCAGUCUAUUUCAACAUGAGAGACUCGUCCGGUGUGGACAGGUCUUCGUAUGAAAACUUACCCUCCAAUGUCUACAUUUGCUCUGGGCCAGAUAGUGCAUUAGGAAAUGACUGUGCUGUCAAACAGGCCGAGGCCAUUUUUCAAGAGAUGUUUCCCAGUGAGGAGUUCUGCCCUCCACCUCCAAAUCCAGAAGAUAUCAUCUACGAUGGAGAUGGCACUCAGCCGGAAGAUCCCGGAUUCAGUAAUCCAUCGGAGGGCAAAUCGGAGACGUUGCCGGAGAAGAGCGUUGAAGAGAAUGAAGCGCCCCCAGAGGAGUGAGCCAACAAGAAGACCGGAACUGAACCCAUAUCUCUAUGGACUCUGAGCAACGUAGGAUAAGCAACCGAUUGACUUACACGAUAUGUAAUCCCAGUGGGGCUUCACAGGGUUGUUUAGCAGCCUACAUUGAGUUGGAACAGGAGAGUCUUAUCCACAUACUGAAAUGUACUACACGCUUGGCUCAUUUCCCCUGGAAAUACAAUGCUACCAUUUUGUAAAUAAGGCUUUCCCAUCUUCCAUGGAGUCACAGCUUGUCAAAGUCAACAGCGGCGCAACCUCUAAAAUAGUCUGCUUUACAAAGUGGGUGGGGGGUGGGGGGGCAACCAUUUCCAUUCACAGAAAACGGCUCUCAUGGUAGAUUAAAGAGCAGGCACUGAGAAGCCGGCGUUCCAUUGUUACUGAUCUAGUCUGACUCUUUGCCAGAAGGAGAGGACGCAAGCGUUACGUCAUUUUGUUCGGCUUGCCGUGCAGAAUAUCACUGAAGUGGCUUUGAAGCAGUGCUGUGAUACGCUCAGUAGAAAUAAAAUAGCUAUUCUUGCCUCCUCGGAAA